UCUGCAUGAAAAGUGAAAUGCGCAUCGGGAUCCGUGGGAGUGGUGAUGUUUGGUGUAGGUAGAUAAGUGUGGGUUGUAGUAUGCUUCGAUUUUAUUGGAAUGACAGUAGUACUGCAUAAAUGUGUUUAGAAAGUACUUGAUCUUUACUCUGUCCGAAAUGUCUCGAAAGCGAACUGCAAAAUCGAUUUUUGUGGACAUCAGGAAAGGAUGUAAUUCAGGCCAGGUUCAAGCACGAGAAGUGGAAUUGCCCGAACUGGGUAGAAAUGGCUUGUUGAUACAAGUAAAGGCUUGUGGUUUAUCAAUAUCCAAGAUUGAGUCUACAGCGCUUUGUCAGAUAUUGUCAAACCCCAACAAGAACUUGGGUGUUGGUGCAGGACAUGAGGUGGCAGGAACUGUGGUUGCUACUGGCGACGACGUCACAACUUUGUCUAAGGGAGACCACGUCGUGGGAAUAAUACCUCUUGAUUACGGACAGUCUGGAUGUGCUGACUACGUUGCGCUCCAAGAAUUUGACGUCGUGAUAAAACCGCACGGUGUGAGUUUUGUGGAUGCAGCGGGGUGCAUAGGAGAUUCUGUGAAAGCUUACACAGCUUUGCAUUAUCUGGGAAAGCUCUCUUCUGGUGACACAGUGCUCGUGCUAGAUGGCGCAUCUUCUUUUGGUAGCAUCUGCAUUCAGUUGGCUCAUCACUGGGGAGCCAAAGUAUUAACGACUUCCUCGUCAGAGGAUGAAAAACUUUACCUUCAGAAUAUGGAAGUAGAAUUAGCACAGAUUAUUGAACUGAAUGAGAAGAAUUCAUCUCUUAAAUCAGCGGCAAUGUUAGAGACGGGGAAUCUUGGAGUUGAUAUUGUUGUGGAUCAGGGUAUUGCUCAAUAUCCACAGAGCUCCAGUAUUUAUGAUAACAGGUUACAGAAUUCUCUUAACCUUUUGCCCUCAAAACAUGAUGUAAUAUCGUGUUUAGCCGUUGGGGGCAGGUGGAUUACAUCAAAUUCCAAUUUGCAGUUGGACCCUCCAAAUUCUCGUCUCAUGUAUUUGCGAUGUGCCAGUUUGGGUUUCCUCUUUGAACAAGCGUGGAUGUUAUCUAGCGCUCAACAGGGAAGAUACCAGCAUAUACUGAUGGACAUCAUGGAGAAAGUUGCUACGAAAACUAUUCGCCCUAACAUCCAUCACACCGUGUCAUUUGACGGCGCAUUGGAAGUCAUCAAGGCUUUAGAAGAAGUCCGAAAAUUACGCAUUGACAGUGCAUGUGAAGUUGAUUUUGCUUAUUGA